AUUUCCUUAGCCUUUUCCCCACCUCUCCUUUUGCCUUGCCUCACCAAAGAGAGCAAUCCUCUCUCUCUCUCUCUCUCUCUCUCUCUCUCUCUCUCUCUCUCUCUCAGCAUAUCCUCAGAAAAAUAUGAAGUUACCACCUUUGAGCUUCCUCAAGCAAAAUAAUGCAUACCUCAAGAUUAUUAUGAUUUUAUUCUUGAGCUGUACAACUGAUAGAACCAAUCUUUGUUCAAACCACUCUUUUGCCACCCCAACGGCUCCACAACGCUUAAACUCUACCAAUACUUUGUCAUCAUUGGAAACACUUGGUCUAGAUGGGUACUUCAGUUUUGAUUAUAUGAACAAUCACCAUGCCGCCAAGGACUUUGGCAACAUGUAUCAUUUCCUCCCAUCAGCAGUCCUACAUCCAAAAUCAGUGCCUGAUAUUUCCGCCACGAUAAGGCAUAUUUUCGACAUGGGCUCUGCUUCAGAGCUAACAGUUGCUGCUAGAGGCCAUGGUCACUCCAUCCAGGGUCAAGCUCAAGCCCAUCAGGGCAUAGUUAUUAACAUGGAAUCACUUCAGGGACUAGAAAUGCAAGUUCACAGUGGGGAGAUGCCUUAUGUGGACGUUUCAGGUGGUAAGUUGUGGAUAAAUAUUCUGCAUGAGACUCUUAAAAAUGGGCUAGCACCAAAAUCUUGGACAGAUUACCUUCAUCUCACUGUUGGGGGCACUCUAUCAAAUGCUGGAAUCAGCGGCCAGGCAUUCCACCAUGGACCCCAGAUCAAUAACGUCCACCAGCUGGAGGUUGUCACAGGAAAGGGAGAAGUGGUUACCUGCUCGGAGAAGCAAAAUGCUGAUCUCUUCUAUGCUGUUCUUGGUGGGCUUGGACAAUUUGGCAUCAUCACCCAAGCUAGAAUUUCUCUUGAACCAGCACCAAAGAUGGUGAAAUGGAUUAGAGUGCUCUACUCGGAAUUCUCCAUAUUUUCCCAUGAUCAAGAGCACUUGAUAUCAUCUGAGAAUUCAUUUGACUACAUCGAAGGGUUCGUAAUAAUAAAUAGAACUGGCCUUCUUAAUAACUGGAGAUCUUCGUUCAGUCCUAAGGAUCCACUUCAAGCCAAUCAAUUCAAUUCUGAUGGAAGAACUCUGUUCUGUCUUGAAAUGGUCAAAUACUUCAACCCAGAUGAGACUAAAACUAUGAAUCAGAGCGUCCAGAACUUAUUGUCACAAUUGAGUUAUAUUCCAUCCACACUCUUCCAGUCAGAAGUUUCUUAUUUGGAAUUUCUGGAUAGAGUACACGUGUCUGAGAAAAAACUGCAAGCAAAAGGUUUAUGGGAAGUUCCUCAUCCGUGGCUGAAUCUUCUCAUCCCCAAGAGCAGAAUUUCUGAGUUUGCUGAGGAGGUCUUUGGUAACAUUCUUACAGACACAAGCAACGGUCCUAUCCUCAUCUACCCAGUCAACCAAUCCAAGUGGAACAAUAGAACAUCUUUAGUUACCCCAGAUGAAGAUGUUUUCUAUCUAGUGGCAUUCUUAUCCUCUGCAAUGCCAUCUUCCACAGGAAGAGAUGGCUUAGAACACAUUUUAAUUCAAAACAAAAGGAUUCUAGACUUCUGUGCCAUAGCCCAACUUGGAAUGAAGCAAUAUCUGCCCCAAUACAAUACACGAGAAGAGUGGCAAGCUCACUUUGGCUCUCAGUGGGAAAUAUUUGUACAGAGGAAAUCAGCCUAUGACCCUUUGGCAAUUCUUGCUCCUGGACAGAGGAUCUUCCAAAAGGCAAUACGCAUCUCAUAAUGCAUUGACGUUGGCCUCACAAAUGAGCCACAUCGUACAGAAAGGGCCUCAAAAAGUAAAUUAUGACAAGUUAUCGUAUACGUUUUUGGCUUUCAAUAACAAUUGUACGCAUAACAAGAAGGAUGUGGGCCAUUUGAAACCUUUGUUGGGAACUCUGGUAGGAAAUUAAAAAUGUAAAGAGAGCAUCGCACUAUGAAAUAGAUGUAACUCUGGUAGGAAAUUAAAAAAUGCAAGGAGAACAUUGCACUAUGAA